AGUUGAGCAUCCAUUCGCUCCAACGUGCGGAUCGUCAGGUGCAAUUUUCCCAACGGAAAGUUUACCCGGCGGCUGCCAAGGCGCUAACGCGAAAACCUACUCACACUCGAGCCACCACACCAUGCUAGGUUGAUAUCAAGAAUCACUACAGAACGGCCUGUGACUGGAGCAGCUGUACAUGACCAUUUGAGACAUUGAAUCCUCCAAUUCAAAUCCUCAGUAGGGCCUGCCACUUCCUACGUCCAUACAUUGAAGGGCUCGUGACCCUGGGUGGGUUGAAUCAUUCAACAAUAGACCGCCCAACAUGCAUAUCAAAAACCCCCAAUCAGCGCUCCUCUCCAACCACGAACUGCUCCUCCACAUCCAAAAGGAAGAAGCAGAAUACACCGGUGCCGAUGGCACAGGCCGCUCACGGCCAAAGCCUUCUGGCUUGAGCCACAUGCUGCGAGAUGGCCUGACAUACCUCCAAACCGCCGACUUCCCCACCGGCACAAUAACAAGCACACACCCCAAUCGCCCAAUGACUCUCUACAAAGGCCCACAUUCCCUCUUCCGCGCUCUCGCGCCAAAAUACCGCUUAAACAAAGCUGAGUACCUGCAACUCUACAACUUGCGGCCUACCACACAGGUCAUGCUCGAGCUGGUAAUUGAAGAAGCUGGCUCGCGCUUCACAGAGGAGGAACUACUCGACAUUCUGAAUAUAAUCCAGCAGGUCUUUGACGAAGAAGAAGCGUUUAUUCCUGCGGGAGUAGAACACCAGACUAUGGAGAAGAUCCCCAAUAAGCUGCUGGGCGCUAAUAAGAAGAAACGGAAAGUGCGCGCGAAAGCCAAGGCUUAGAGACGAGAGCUAAUGUGUGCCGGAAAACGGAGAGAAGGGGCGAAGGUGGGCAGAAAUGAGAUUCAAAGAGAAUCAAAGGCGUCCUGGAAGAAAAUCCAUGGACAUGUAAUUAUAAAGCGGCGGCGUAUGCGCGAGUGGAUACGACGUCUUCACAAACAUCACAAUGGCAGGAGUCGAACAAGUGGAC